GCUCAUACCUGUUGGCUCGUCCAUGCUGGGAAAUGCCUGGUUUGCCCUUCUUCAGUGUGGAGGCCAAGAAUGAGAACCGUGGUGUGACCACUGUGUCCUGGCUACGGGAUGUGACCGUAGAGGUGUACAACCACCGUGUCACACUUCCCAAAGGGACUCUGGGAACUGUGCAGGUGGAUGGCUUGAUAAAGACUCUCCCUGUUCAACUUCAACUAGGCGCUGUCAAGGUAUACCAAUCUGGCGUUGCUGUCGCUUUGGAAACAGACUUUGGUCUUUUGGUGACCUAUGACGGAUUGCACUACGCCUCCAUCUCCCUCCCCAGCUCUUAUUUCAACAACACUUGUGGUCUAUGUGGUAACUACAACGAUGACCCCGCAGAUGACCCCGUGUUGCCAGAUGGCUCUUUGGCAGAGAGCGUAGUGGAACUGGGUGGUAGCUGGCGAGCUGAGGACACAGAUUUUCGUUGUACUGAUGGCUGUGCCCAGAACUGUAGCAUGUGUGAACCGGCAGCCGAAGCGUUCUACUUUCGCUCAGACUACUGUGGGCUGAUCAAUAAGACUGAUGGGCCUUUCAGAGACUGCAGAGCUGUGGUAGACCCCACAGCAUUUGUGUACAGCUGUGUUUAUGAUAUGUGCAGCAAUCGUGAUAACAUCACCACCCUGUGCCAGGCUAUACAGGCAUAUGCACUUGCAUGCCAGGCCUUGGGAGUUACUAUACGACCCUGGAGAUCACGCUCGUUCUGUGCAUUGGCAUGCCCUGAAAACAGCCACUACCAAGUCUGCACGAGUGCAUGUCCUGCCUCCUGCUCCGACCUGACAUCUCACCUCUACUGUACCCAUCCAUGCACUGAGGGCUGCCAGUGUGACCAGGGCUAUGUGCUUAGUGGCAGCCAAUGCGUCCGUCGCUCUGAGUGUGGAUGUGAAUGUGACGGUCUGUACUAUGCCCUAAAUGAGACCUUCUGGGCAGGGGAAGGGGGUGAGGUGGGUGAAGAAUGCUCCCAGCGUUGUGUGUGUGGCCCAGCAGGUGAAGUAACAUGCUUCAAUGACUCUUGUGGUGAAGGCGAGGUGUGUGUAGCAGAAGUUGGGUUGUUGGGAUGUUACCCUCGUCGUGAAGCAGUAUGUUCGCUGUCUCAAUCUAAAAUACUGGCUACGUUUGAUGGGUCCACAAUGCCGUUCCCUGAUGAGAGCUCAUUCUACCUGGUGAAGACUUUGGGACGCUUGCCUGCAAAUGUUACAUCACUGGAGGUGAAGAUUGGCAGGAAGCUGGGGAAUAAGGGCCCUACAUGGCUACGGCCAGUAGUCGUUAGGGUGGGACAUUUGGAAGCACAGAUAGGUGGCUUGGAUUUUGACAUGAUAAAGGUCAACGGUGAACCAGCUAUUCUUCCUUAUGUCCAUCCAGUGGAGCCUUUAAUGAUAUACCGGUCCUUUGGUAAUACCACGGUGAUUGAGUGGAGUGGUUUAGUCCGCACCCGAUACUCACGUCAGGGCCUGCUAAACAUCACUCUCUCCACCCUCUUUUACAACACCACCUGUGGUCUUUGUGGUUUCUUUAACGGAGAUCCAAUUGAUGACCUCCGUCUACCUAGUGGAAGGCUGGCCGAUACACCCGAACAGUUUAUUGAAGGCUGGCGAGCCAUUGCGGAUGAUCUGACAUGCAAUGGCGACUGUGAGGACUUGUAUCGUAUGUGUACAGAUUUAAGGCUGUACCAGAGCCCGUGGCUGUGUGGAAACAUCAAUGACCCAGGAAACAGCUCGUUCCUGGCUUGCCACACAGCUGUUAAUCCCUCUCCUUUCUUCAGGAACUGCCUCUACAACAUGUGUGUGAGGGAAGGAAACCGUUCUGCCCUGUGUAACUCCCUCCAGGCAUAUGCUUCAGCUUGCCAGGAUGCGCAGCUCAACUUGGGAGCCUGGAGGAGUGCUACCAACUGCCCUCUUCCUUGCCCAGAAAACAGUCAUUUCGAUGAGUGUACAUCUGCAUGCCCUCUCACUUGCUCUAACUUGGAUGAUCCUGAGGAGCCAUGCCCUAUACCCUGCUCAGAGGGCUGCCAGUGUGAAGAGGGAUUUGCCCUCCGUGAUGGCAUCUGUGUGGCACGUAGCGACUGUGGCUGCUUUUACCUGGGCCACCAGCUAGCCACCAAUGAGACAUUAUGGACAGACUGGGAGUGCCAGGAGCGCUGCUACUGCAACGGCACAGACAACAGUGUCUACUGCACCUUCUCACCCUGUCACCCAGAGGAGUACUGCCAGGAGAAUGAAGGCCUGUUUUUCUGUCAGCCAAGGACAGUGGCCAUGUGUGUUGUUGCUGGUUAUGGACACUUUUUGCCAUUUGGCGGUGUACCAUUUGACAUCCAGAGCAGCUGUACUCUUCGUCUGGCCACUACUGAGUGUGGAGAGGGGGACGAGGAAGGCUUUGGGGGACUAGACAGUGCAGAGACAGUUCUGGGAGGACUGCCCAGGUUCCAGUUUUCAGCUCGGAAUGAAGAGAGAGACACAGCCCAGGCUAUAUGGGUGUGGGGAUUUGUUCUGGAGGUCUAUGGAUAUGAAAUUGAGGUGUCACGAAGUUUCAAACACACAGUCACGGUGAAUAAAGAGCGCCUGUAUCUGCCUAUAAAACUUGGUCCAGGGAAAGUUAACAUCUACUCCCUUGGUCUGCAGUUACUUGUGGAGACAGACUUUGGUCUGAAGGUGGCUUUUGAUUGGAAUACUCUACUGCUUCUGACUCUUCCUCGCAGUCUCUUUAACGCCACCUGUGGGCUCUGCCAAGGGAUGCCCAUUACUGGUCCCGCACUAAGUGUCACAGAAUGGGGCAUGGCAUGGGCAGAACGUGACACCUUCUGCCAAGUGGGUUGCGGGGACUCUUGCCCUCGCUGUGGAUUGGCUGAGAGGGGCCUAGCUGCUGAGGUCCCCGCCCAAGUAACAGAUGCUGUUGGUAACAUUGACAUGGAUAAUGGUAACCCAGGAAACCGUUUCCACCUUGCUGAAGGGUUGUAUGUGUAUGUCGAACCUGAGGCGGUGCGAUUAUGUGGACUUAUAAUAGACCGCGGAGGUGUGUUUGCACGCUGUCACAGCAAAGUGGCACCAGCAUACUUCUACCAGAGCUGUCUGCAGGAUACAUGUGUAGAUCAAGGUGCGAGAGAGACCAUCUGUAAUUGGCUACAGAUUUAUGCCAGUACCUGUCAGGCACAAGGAGUAUCUGUCAUUGGCUGGAGAAGUUCCACACCUUGUGUGCUGUCGUGCCCCGUGAACAGCCACUAUUCCAGUUGUCUGAUGGUGUGCCAGCCGCAAUGUGCCCCCGCACGUGGACAGAGAGACUGUAACCAGUACUGUGUUGAGGGGUGCCAGUGUGACCAAGGCUAUGUGCUCAACGGCAAGAGCUGUAUCCUCAGUCAGAACUGUGGAUGCUACACGGAUGGUAAAUACUAUGAGCCUAAGCAGUUGUUCUGGAACAGUGACUGCACUAAACGCUGUCAGUGUAUUGGACGGAACCUGAUUCAGUGUGACCCACGGAGAUGUAAAGCAGAGGAGGAAUGCGUCCUACGUCAUAGUGUGCGAGGAUGCUUUGCCCGACGUAAUCAACACUGUGUGGCAUCAGGCGGUGGCGUCUUCCGUACUUUUGAUGGUGCCUCUCUUCGUUUACCUGCCUCAUGCUCCUUUGUUCUUUCAACGAUCUGUCAUAAACUGCCUGAGUUAUCUUUUCAACUCAUUGCCAAUUUUGACAAGUGGAGUACACCCAACCUAACCACCAUCUCCCAUGCUUACCUCUACAUCAACGAGGAGAACAUUCUAAUUUCUGGAAACACAGUUAAGGUAAAUGGUACGCCUGUGUCCGUACCUUUUGUCACAGGUCUAAUGACACGAGUAUCCACAUCAGAGGGAUUCCUGGUGAUCGACACUCCCCAGGACAUCCAGGUGCGUUAUAACCGAUUCAACACCCUCAGCAUUACAAUGGGUCCACGGCUGCAGAACAAGGUGUGUGGACUGUGUGGGAACUUCAAUGGGGACCCCACUGAUGAUUACAUCACCUCUCGUGGAAAACCUGCCGUCAGUGCACUGGAGCUCGCUCAGAGCUGGAAAACCAAUGGCAUGCAGAACAGUUGUGAUGAGACGCAGUAUGUGGCCCUGGCUCAGUCCUGUGAUAAUACAGCAGUGUCAGAGCUCCAGGGAGAAGACAACUGUCUGAAGCUCACAGAUUUGAAAGGUUUCUUCCAGCCCUGCCACGGCCUGCUGGACCCUCACCCCUUCUACCAGUCUUGUUACAUGGACGGCUGCUACAACCACCGUAAGGCCCAGGUGUGCGGCUCGAUGGCAGCCUACGCUGAGGCCUGCCGCUCUUUCGGCACACUUACCACCAAGUGGAUCGCCCAGGAGAACUGCUCAGAAUGGAUCUAUGACCCCUGUGCAGGAGAGAUUUGCUCGAACAACACAUGUGAGCAGGAGAAUGGAGGAGAUCUGUGUGGCUGCCCCGAGCUACCCAGCACUGAAAUUAGUGAGGAUGACAUAAUCCAGGCAGAGGUGACCUGUAAACACGCUCAGAUGGAGGUUUCUAUCUCUAAGUGCCGUCUGUUCCAGCUGGGCUUUGAGAGGGAAGACGUACGAAUUAACGACCAGCACUGUGCUGGUAUCGAGGGAGAGGAUUUAAUCUCCUUCCAUAUCAACAAUACCAAGGGACAUUGUGGCUCUAUUGUACAGAUCCUGCUGCCGCCUUGUGAUGAGUUCAAUGAAGAGCCUUCCAAUAUGGUUAUUCUCAGUGGAAAGAACACGGUGUGGAUCGAGAGUGUGAACAACACAGGGAAUGUAGUGACACGUGAUAAGACCAUCAACGUGGAGUUUUCUUGUGCUUAUGAACUGGACAUCAAGAUCUCGCUGGAGACAGUAUUGAAGCCAAUGCUCAGUGUAAUAAACCUCACACUGCCGACCCAAGAGGGCAACUUCAUCACAAAAAUGGCCCUGUAUAAGAACGCCUCGUACCGGCAUCCAUACCGCGAGGGAGAAGUGAUGCUGAGCACCAGGGACGUUCUGUUUGUGGGGGUGUUUGUGGAAGGAGCAGAUCAUAAACAGCUUAUUCUCAUUGUUAACAUGUGCUGGGCUACACCAUCUCGUUACAGCAGCGAUCGCCUUCGUUACAUUAUCAUAGAGAGAGGGUGUCCUAAUAUCAAGGAUAACACUAUAGGCAUGGCUGAGAAUGGCGUGUCCCUCACCUGCCGCUUCCACGUCACUGUCUUUAAGUUCAUUGGUGAUUACGAUGAGGUGCAUUUGCACUGUGACGUCUCUCUGUGUGACUCAGAGACCAACGCUUGCAAAGUGAAUUGCCCUCAUAACAAACGAAGUUAUACGGAUUACAGUCAGCAUAAAGAACAGAUCCUGUCAGUGGGACCAAUCAGAAAAAGAGAUUCAGACUGGUGUGAAGAGGAUAAUGGUGGCUGUGAGCAGAUCUGCACUAGUCAAUCACCAGUAUGA